CUACUUUGGACAGCUAUAAUCAAUGGUUGAAUGUAAUGUCAGGAACACACCCCGCCACUUCCUUUUACUCAUCCCAAACUUGCUGGAACUGCCAACUUUUGACCUCACGACGAAUGUGAGCCUCUUAGCUAGCCCAUUCACGGAUCGGUGACGCUUUCCUCCUCCAAGAUUUGGCGCUACACUUGAAGGAACGGGCCAAGAAGUUUGAAGAAGAGAGAUGGCGGCCCAGGGUAGUAGCCGAGUUCCCCAAGACAUCUCGGAGAAUGUUCGGGCUGUUUUGGGGAAAGGGGUUAAAGUUGGGAUGAAGAAACUGAUCAAGGUACAAACGGGCAGCAAAGAAGAAACGAAAGUUUUGGCUUUGUCACAAUCCAGAGCUUUCAUCUUAUCAGCAAAGGUGCCUUCUAAGUUGGAGUCCAGUUUCCACUAUUUGAACAUACAGAGCAUAGCAAGUCUGAAGACAAAACAGCUACACAUCGAGGCCGAGGACAAGAGGAACAUUUUCAAGCCCAUCGAGGCCGAAGAUGCUGAACACAUUAUAGGGCACAUCGGGGUCUCACUCAAACGGACUUUCCCUGACAUUCCCAGACCUUUACAUACCCUGCUGCCCAGCCUGCUGAUAGAACCAGCUGAGCGGAUGAAGAAUGUCCAGCGGGCAGUGGACGCCAUGGGCAGCAAGGAAAAAGGACCCUGUGGUGGCUUCUCUGCCAUGUACACCUGCAUGUGUGACUUCCACAACCUUCCUGUUAGAGAGGAGGUCAUCUGGGAUGUGGACACCAUAUAUCUGUCCCAGGCCAACAGGGAACUCUGCCUGGAUGACUUCAACCACAUGGACAGCAAAGACCUGGGUCCCAUCAUCUCAGCACUGGAACAUAACACUUGGUUCACCAAGCUGUCAUCUUACCACACCAGACUGGCCGAGCACAGUGAACAGCUCUGUAAGGUGAUGAAGAAAAACACCAAACUUGAGGAGCUUGUCUUAGAGAAUGCUGGUCUUAACAAGGAGUUUGCCAAGCACAUGGCCACAGCCUUGCUGUCCAACACCAACGUUGCUCUGCACACCGUCAGCCUGUCACACAACCACUUAGAGGACAGGGGGGUGAAUGCCAUCAGUGGACCCAUCUGUAAACUACCCAGAGGCCUUCAGCACUUGAACCUGACUAAAGUUGGCAUGACUGCAAAAGGUGUGAGCCACCUGGCCCUACAGCUGAUGUCCACCAGCCAGUCCCUCAAACAGCUCCACCUAGCAGAUAACAUGUUUAAGGCAGAGGACAUUCUGAAUCUCCAAGGGGUUUUUGCCCAGCCCAAUGUCCUAACCCACCUGUCCCUGUCUGGGACUGAGUGUGCUAUUGACCCAGUCGUUGUUCCUGGGUCUGUCUGGGAACUUUGUCCUGAGGGACGUUCAUGUGGAUCUCAGCAGCUGUGAGCUGAAGAAGACCGGAGGAGAGAUGUUAGAGAGUACCAUAGCCAACGUGCCCUGCAUCUCAAGUCUGGACAUAAGUGAUAAUGGGUUUGAUGAACAUAUGGAGACCAUGUUGAGCUGGAUCGGUCAGAACAAGGCCAUCAGGCACCUCAACAUCAGCAGGAACUUUUCUGGAAUCAGACCCAGACAUCUCCCGAGAGCGUUAGAAUCAGUGAAGAGACUUAUUCAAGAGGACAACUCUAGUAUUGACUCGCUGUGUUUAGCUGAUUCCAAACUGAAGGAGAAUCUGAUACCCAUUCUGAAUGUGCUGGGAAGCAACAACUCACUCACAAGUUUGGACAUAAGUGGCAAUGGAAUGGGAGACUUUGGUGCCCGCAUGUUGUCCAAAGCUCUGCAGAUCAACAGCAAGCUCAGGACCAUAAUGCUAGACAAAAAUGGCAUCACUGCCAGGGGAUUCCAGGAUCUUGGAGCUGCACUAGAGAAGAACCACACCCUACAGAACAUGCCCACCCCGGUUAGUGAUGCAUCACAGGCCCUGAGGAUGGACGAAGCUGGGACUGAAGAGGCCUUACAGAAGAUUGAGACCCUGUUGCUGCGGAACCAGCGCCCGCUGAAGAUGACCAGCGAUCGGAUCUACCGGCUGCAGCAGGGCGUACUCAUCACCACCGCACAACAGAUGGUUGAGCAGCUGUCGCGGAAGGUCCAGGACAUCAGGGCGGUGCUGAAGGACAGUAAGUCUCCCCAGGUGCAGGCAGCACUACAGGAGUCGGACAGGCUCAUCUCUGAUGCAGACAACUCUAAACAGCUCCUCCCCCUGCUGUAUAAGCAGGGGUCUGGUGCGGAGGGGGAGGGGGAGCCGCACCCCCUGGAGACCAAACUGGGCAGCCUGACCAAGCAGAUGCAGGAGGAGACAGACAGGCACAUGGCCUCCUCUGUGGACAACGUCCUGAAGUAUGGGGAGCAGCAGUGUCCUCAUAUCCUGCAAACUCAGGGUCUGAAGCAGGCUCUGGAGCAGGAGUGUCAGGAAAAGAGUAAGCUGCCAGACAAACUUGUGGAGGAGGCCAUAGUGAACCAGGCAGGGACAACCAUUCUCAACAAAGUCAGAGAAAACCAGCUGCACAUUGCCACCUUUGUGUCGGACAAGGUUAUAGAGGAGCUGCUUGAAUCCUUGGCUAAGAACCAUGCUACCUUGAGCGCACAGUUCCGUGAGCAACGCAAGCAGGAAGCCCAAGGUCGUUCUUCCUCCAAGCAAAACAUCGCCCAGAACCACGUGGAGCCAGUGUACGCUACUCCGUCCAAGAGACCGCCGGAGCCGGAGAAGGCGGAUGAUUCGCCGGUACCGCAGUCCCCCGCAGCCAGCCCCACGGAAACCAGAGAGAACCAGGUUCUGACCCCCUCACCACAGUUGUCACCCAAGAUAGACAACAAGAGGAAGAGUGUGGUGAAGAGGAUGCAGAGACCCAUGUCUAUAAUGGGAGAGGAGACGAUACAUUUCGACCUGUCCUCAGGGUCUGAUGAGGACCAGAUGGGCAGACAGGCCAUCUCUUCUGUGGAGGAGGACUUGUAUGAAGAAAUUGAGCCUGGUGCCAAAGCAGAAGAACCCACCCAGCCUGUAGCACCCUCAAGAAAAAGCAGGAGAAAACCUGAGAAGUCAUCCUCAACCGGCAGUACAUCAUCCAACGAUGUGUCUGAGCUUCCCACAGAAGGGGGUCGUCUGGAGCACAUCACCAAGGGCAGGAUAAAGGCUCCAAAGAACGCGGGAAUGCGCAGAAGACCAGUACCAAACAGGGGUGUGCCAAACAGUGUGGAGAACAGCCCAGAGGGGACCAUGGAUGCUGGACUGGACGACUUCUUUGAAAAGAAAGCCUUAGAUGUGGCACUGAGUGAAGAGCCUGCCCAUGCAGUUAACGGGGAAAAAUCUCCACCCGCAGCAAGUUCCUCCCUCCAGAAGGACAACAGUCAGAAGAAGAAGAAGAAGUCCAUGUUCCCUCAGUUCUUAAAGAAGUCCCCCAGCAGGGCCAAGGAGAAGAGCCCAGAGGUCAACCGUAAGAAAUCGCUGGAGAAAAGCAGACAGCCUGCUGCAGGUCCACAGUCCCCCCCACCUGUCAAGGAGGAGAGAGAGGACAGGUCAUCACCUGAGCAAACAGACACUAAGCCUACUGCCAUACAGGAAGAGGAGGAGGAGAAAAUGGAGGACACAGAAAAAGCGGAGGAACAACCGGCACCAGAGGGGAAACCUCGGUCCUCAGACGCAGAGGAAAACUCUGCCGAUGACACCGCGGAAGACUCGGAGGACGGUCCCGCUGUCCCGGAGCCCGUGGCACUGCGGCGUCCCGCGGGUAUUCCCAAGGGAAUCCCAGGGAUAAGUGGGGGACUGUUGGCUGAGAUGAAGAAGAGGCAGGAGAAGAGGGCCACCAUGUUGCCUCCCCCUGAAAUGUUUCAGGAUUCAAACUUGUUGUCUAGGUCACAGUCGAUUUCUCCAAAUCGAUCUCCUACAUUUCCAAGAGCAGGAAAGUCUGCAGCAUCCUCACCUGUACAGGACACAUCAACAUCUCCAUCUGUCUCACCUGGCAGCAUCAGGAGGAGGGAGGAGAAGAACACGGCAGCAUCCCCUAGCCUAGAGCCAAAACCAUCAACAUCUCCCAGCAUCCCCAGGAGGCACAACAAGGAUGACGGCCCUUCCACCCCCACCGAGGGCCGCGCCCCGCCCAAACCUGCCAAACGUAGGUCACGUGACAGCGCCAACCUCGAACCAAACGGCCCCAGCACGCCAACAGACCCUUCCAAGUCCCCCACCAGUCCUUUGAAGGAGGAUGCGAAUGAGAAGAACAGGAUAGCGCCAGCGGUAAAGCCGAAGCCGCCCGCGACUCGACCCAAGCCCCUAGCCAAGCCUAAGGUCCCAAUUCGACCAAAGUCAGCAGAAGUUGGUAAACUGCUGCUGGAAGAAAGCGGCAAAAAACCAGACCCCUUGGAGAGGCAGCUGCCUCCUAGAGCUGCCGCUUCUGCUGAAAAGAUAAACAUGCCUAAAGCAGUCGACGUAAAGGACGACACAAAAGACGCACCCCAAGGAAAGGCAGAGGAAGAAACCAAGGAUGACACAUCGCCUGAUGAUGAUGAUGCCACAGAUUCUAGUCUUAGCAUUGAAGUGCCUAAAGUUUGCGUAGAAAAACUUGAAGAUACACCAAAAACGGAAGGUUCAGGGGAUGCAUCCAAUGUGAAGGGACAGGAAGUCGCCGUACCCAGCAUGCACCAGCGCACAGCGAGCAAUGGUAACCCCGCAGAGUCAGAAGACAGCCCUGCAGCUAGCGCGCCCGCCAAGCGCCCCUCGGUGAUGGACAGAAUCAAGAGUUUCUCUGGGAAGGACGACGACGUGCCCAUGAAGGCAAAGUCACGGUCUCUGCCUCGUGAUCUAGACACGACCGCAGAAGCUCCAGAACCCGCGGGGAUCCCCAGGUCCCAGUCCAUGGACAGUGCCGACAAACUGAAGCCAGCAAACGGUGAGAAAAGCAAGAAGGAAGAAGACCUCGCAAAAGACGAUGGGAAGAAGGAGUCAGAAGAGACUCAAGUCAUGGUGUGAUGUAAAAAAAUAUUCUAAAUUUGGUGUUUAUAGUACACAGAGUUUUAUCCAGUCAACCUUUGUUUAACUUUCUGCAGAGUUAUACUUUACCCCACAGUAAAUUUACCCCACUUAAAUACAGUCUAUAACGACUAUAUUGUCGCUAAUUUGUUGAGCUGUACUUGCUGGCUUUAGAAACAACAACUUGAACUGCCAGGGGCAGAGUCAAGUUAUAGAUAAAAAUCUUCAAAUAUUUUUUGUCUAUCUCCUAGAUUCUGGCCUUAAGGCUACUGCUUGAAAUGUAUGACGGUAUAAUGCACAAGUUGGAGAGUGUCGCUAACUGAAACUAGCCAUAUAUGAAUUGGCAUACUAGUUACUCUCCAAGCAGAGGUUAGGGUCCAGCUUGUUUUGGAUUAUGUUUUCUCAUCCGUCAGGUUUUCUUUUUGUGCACCAGCCAAACACACAAAAACGAAACCUGGCAAAAUAGACAGCCAGAUAAAAAUAUGAAAGGUACCACCUGGUUCUGUUGUAUACUAUUAGUACCCAUUGGCUCAGUCUUGUUGCUUACUAACCACAAGAAGUUAGCAAUUGAAACAGGCUCAUUGAAAAGACAAAGCUAGCUGUUACUGUUGAUGAUGGUAUACCCAGAACACCCUCCAGAUUAACUUUGGACUUCCAGAUUAAUUUCAGACAAACUUUAAUCAUUUGAAAAACGAUUAAUCAAAUGAAUUAAGAUUUGAAAUUAUGGUGUAUUAAAAGUUAAUUAAUAUGUAGAUUGCAAUUCGAUGUAUCCAGGAACAUGGCCACUUCUAGAGAAUUCUGGGAACCUGAGCCAGAAUUCUGCAGAAUUCUGGGAACCUAAAGCCAGAAUUAUCCAGAAGCUUUUCAGUGUAUACUGUCAGUGUAUACUAUAUAAUAGCUUUUCAGAUGAUUAAGGUUUGUCCGGAAUUAAUCCGGAAGUCCAAAAUUAACCUGGAGGGUGUUAGGUGCUUCGAAUGAAAACACCUGAAAAGAUGUCCAGGCCAUAGCCAAACCUCUGCUUGGAGAGUAUGCAUACCCAACAUCAUGCAUUUAGUAACUUUGCUUAUCAUGUACUACAGUCAAGGAUCUGCCAAGGAUGUGACUUGCAUGUAUGAACUACCUAGUAUAUACAUGUAGUAGAUUAAAGCAAAUAAGGAAUUCUUUAUUACUUGAUAUAUUAGGAUUUUGUAAAUAUAUUAUUGUAUAUUUUUCCACUGUCAGUGGAUUUCACAUUAUGUGCAUUUAUACAAUAUAAGAUAUACUUCAAAUUCAUUGUUGUGGAAAAAAAUCACUAUGCAGAAAUGGUUAUCACAGAGUGAGCAAACUUAGUUAAAUUUAGAUGACUAUUAUACAGAAGUUAUUUCGCAUACUGCUAAGGACAGAUACUAUAUAACUACAUGUAACUUGUUUUUAUACAGUUGGGAAGGGCUAAUAGACUUAAGUGGUCAAUCUUGAUCUGUAACAGUCAAUACCAAUUUGAAGACAAACUACUUGCAGAGUUACAUGUACAAGUUAUGCCUAGUUUUGGACAAGAACUGGAGUAACAAGACUGCAAUUUUGCAAAAAGACAAAGACUUCUGACUCAGAGUAUAUGAUUACUGAUCAUAGUAGGUAAGACUGAAUUUGUGACACUGUGUAUAAGCAGAUGAAACUAUUGAAUUCUUGAUAUUGAGCUUCAAAUGUUAAAGGUGAAUAGGAAAUCUAUGAUUCUUAGAUUAAUUUCUCUAUAUUCCGGAAACUGCUGAAUCUGCUGUAUUUUGAAGCAUUAACACUUGUUUCUUGUCUUGUUGCCAGUUUGCACAAUUUCAUACAGUAACAGCUGUACUAAAUUUCUUUCUGUUGUAAUUACUACACAUUAACUGUUGACCUGGCUUAAAGUGAGGUCUUUCAGUGCGAUGUGAUUUCUUUCCCAGAAGCUUUAACUAAGCACUGUCGAACAGCAAAGACUUAGUGGCUCGAGUGCCUUUAAAUGUCAACUAAUGCCAAAGUUACAAGCUACUGCAUGCUUUGAAUUAGUUUGCCAGUCAGAGAAAUGAUUGAAAGGGAUGCAUAGCUGAUGUUCUUGUACAAUCAUUCACUGUGACAAAUAGUUUAGUUGAUCUAAAUUAAUACAUGCUGAUUAGGACUCCUUGAUAUCCAAAGAGAAGGUACUCCUUCUUACAUUUACAAUAUUAAGUGGAUAUCUCAUAGGACUGGACCAGGCAUGCUCUUAAUGACUUAUAUGUGGGAGUGCAAAACCAUGUGAAACAAACAAACAAACAA